GAAGGUGAAAUGGAAGGUGAGGCAGUUGAAGCUAUUGUGGAAGAAUCAGAAACUUUUAUUAAGGGAAAAGAGAGAAAAACCUAUGAAAGACGCCGUGAAGCUGGGCAGGAGGACGAUGCUUGUCGUAUACCACCAAACCAAGCAGAUGGGGGUGAAGUAGUUCAGGAUGUCAACAGUGGUGUGCAGAUGGUUAUGAUGGAACAGUUGGAUCCAACACUUCUUCAAAUGAAGACUGAAGUAAUGGAAGGUGCAGUGCCUCAGGAAACGGAGGCUACAGUGGAUGACACACAGAUCAUAACACCUCAGGUUGUUAAUAUGGAAGAGCAGCCUAUAAAUCUUGGUGAGCUUCAGCUGGUCCAAGUACCAGUUCCAGUGACUGUACCUGUUGCCACCACUUCUGUGGAAGAACUUCAGGGAGCAUAUGAAAAUGAGGUUUCCAAAGGAGGCCUGCAAGAGGGAGAGCCCAUGAUCUGUCACACUCCCCCUUUACCAGAAGGCUUCCAGGUAGUGAAAGUGGGUGCAAAUGGUGAGGUGGAGACGCUGGAACAAGGUGAACUUCAGCCCCAAGAAGAUCCUAAUUGGCAAAAAGAUCCAGACUAUCAGCCACCAGCCAAAAAAACAAAGAAAAACCAAAAGAGUAAGCUACGCUACACUGAGGAAGGCGAAGAUGUGGAUGUCUCUGUGUAUGACGUUGAAGAGGAGCACCAGGGGGGUUUGUUGUCUGAGGUCAAUGCAGAAAAAGUAGUGGGUAACAUGAAGCCACCUAAACCAACAAAAAUCAAAAGGAAAGGAACCAGUGGUAUAAUUAGUUUUUGGGGGGGCAGAGCUUUUCAGACAGUCACAUUACUGAGGAAGCACCUCAACACUCACACAGGUACACGCCCUCACAAGUGCCCGGAUUGCGACAUGGCCUUUGUGACCAGUGGAGAGUUGGUUCGGCAUCGCCGCUACAAACACACCCACGAGAAACCGUUCAAAUGUUCAGUGUGUGAUUAUGCUAGUGUGGAGGUUAGCAAAUUGAAACGCCACAUUCGCUCUCACACUGGAGAGCGUCCGUUCCAGUGCAGCUUGUGCAGCUAUGCCAGCAGGGAUACUUACACGCUGAAGGGGCACAUGAGGACCCACUCUGGAGAGAAGCCAUAUGAAUGUUACAUCUGCCAUGCUCGCUUCACUCAGAGUGGUACCAUGAAGAUGCACAUUUUACAGAAACAUACGGAGAAUGUGGCCAAAUUUCACUGUCCUCACUGUGAUACUGUUAGAGCAAGAAAGAGGGACUUGGGUCUCCAUUUGCAAAAGCAGCAUUCCUACAUUGAGCAGGGCAAGAAGUGUCGAUACUGUGAUGCUGUGUUUCAUGAGCGAUAUGCCCUCAAACAGCAUCAAAAGUCUCACAAGAAUGAGAAGCGCUUCAAGUGUGACCAGUGUGAUUAUGCAUGCAGGAAGGUAGCAGAGUAG